GGGAAGUGGGUGGAAUUAAGAGUGACAUCACUUCGCAUCAUCCUCGCACCGGAUAGCGUAAGUUCAAGAAAGAGUUUGAGAAGCUUGAAGAACAUGAGCACGAGCCCAAAGUGACUUACAAUCAGUUUAGAACACAUCCAACACACUUAAGAAGUUUAAGAGACCCAAGUUGACAGAAAACGAUGAUCGCCUCUCAUUUACUGGCAUACUACUUCACGGAGCUUCACCAUGACCACGUCCAGAAAGUGGAUAAAUUCGCAAGUAGACGCAAAAGAGAACUCAAUUCGUGGUUCGCGCGGACCAUCAGUCAGAGAUUUGACUCUCUGGUGCGCGCUUUGAAAACGGGCGACUUCCUUGCCCUGGACUUGGGAGGAACAAAUUUUCGAGUUCUGCUUGUCAGAGUGUCUAGUAAUGGAAAACAAAAGGUGGAGAUGGAAAACCAGAUCUACGCCAUUCCAGAGAACAUCAUGAGGGGCAGUGGGACAGAGCUCUUCGAUCACAUAGCUGAAUGCUUGGCCAAUUUCCUUGAAAAAUUGGGCAUCAAAGACAAGAAGCUGCCUCUUGGCUUUACCUUUUCAUUUCCUUGCCAGCAGACCAAACUAGAUGAGAGUUUUCUGGUGUCUUGGACCAAAGGUUCUAAGGCGAGUGGAGUGGAGGGGAGAGAUGUUGUGGGCCUGUUGAGAAAAGCCAUCAAGAAGAGAGGGGACUUUGACAUUGACAUUGUGGCUGUGAUCAAUGACACCGUUGGCACCAUGAUGACCUGCGGUUAUGACGACCAUCACUGUGAGAUCGGCCUCAUUGUCGGGACGGGCACCAAUGCGUGCUACAUGGAGGAGAUGCGGCACUUGGAGCUGGUGGAUGGUGAUGAAGGUCGUAUGUGUGUGAACAUGGAGUGGGGUGCGUUCGGCGACGACGGCGCCCUGGAUGACAUCCGCACUGAAUUCGACCGGGAGAUUGACGCUGGGUCCCUGAACCCCGGCAAACAGCUGUUUGAGAAGAUGAUUAGUGGGAUGUACUUAGGGGAGCUGGUCAGACUCAUUCUGGUGAAGAUGGCCAAAGACGGUCUGCUGUUCCAGGGACACACCACUCCAGAUCUGCUCACCACUGGCCACUUCCAGACUUCCUUUGUCUCUGCCAUGGAAAAUAAAAAGAAUAACGAGGGUCUGGUGAGUGCAGAGCAGGUGUUGAGAGGACUCGGACUAGACCCGUCCCCCGAAGACUGCGUGGCCACGCAGCGAGUGUGUCAGAUUGUGUCUACACGUGCGGCCCACCUCUGUGCUGCCACGCUAGCGGCUGUCCUACGGCAGAUUCGAGAUAACAAAGCCGCAGAGAGAUUGCGCACCACUGUCGGCGUGGAUGGAUCAGUCUACAAAAACCACCCACAGUUUGCCCGCCGACUGAAUAAGAUGGUGCGGUUAUUGGUGCCUGACUGUGACGUGCGUUUCUUGCGCUCUGAGGAUGGCAGCGGUAAGGGGGCUGCCAUGGUUACAGCUGUGGCACACCGAUUGGCAAAGCAGCAUGCAGAGCGUCAGCGUAUUCUGAACACACUGCGUCUCAGUCGGGAUCAACUCCUGGAGGUGAAGAAAAGAAUGGAGGAGGAGAUGAACCGAGGCUUGGCUAAAAAAACACAUGCCACGGCAACUGUCAAAAUGCUGCCCACCUUUGUACGCUCCACACCGGAUGGAACAGAGCGUGGCGACUUCUUGGCCCUGGAUCUGGGCGGCACAAACUUCAGGGUGCUUUUGGUGCGCGUUCGAAGUGGGAAAAGACGGAGUGUGGAGAUGCAUAAUAAGAUCUACACCAUCCCCCAAGACAUUACCCAGGGCACCGGCGAGGAGUUAUUUGAUCACAUAGUGCACUGUAUUGCUGACUUCCUGGAGUAUAUGGGUAUGAAGGGGGCAUCGCUGCCUCUGGGUUUUACCUUCUCGUUUCCCUGCCAUCAGACCCGACUGGACCAGGGUAUCUUGAUAAAGUGGACGAAGGGCUUCAAGGCCUCCGGGUGUGAGGGAGAGGAUGUGGCCGCGCUGCUGAAAGACGCCAUCCAUCGCAGUGAGGAAUUUGAUUUGGAUGUGGUAGCUGUGGUGAAUGACACCGUGGGCACAAUGAUGACAUGUGGGUACGAGGACCCACAGUGUGAAGUGGGGCUCAUUGUCGGCACAGGGACUAACACAUGCUACAUGGAGGAGAUGUCAAACGUUGAGCUGGUGGAUGGAGAUGAGGGUCGUAUGUGUGUGAACAUGGAGUGGGGAGCGUUUGGGGACCGCGGGGAGCUGGAUGACUUGUGCACAGAGUUUGAUCGAGCGGUGGAUGACCAGUCCACUUACCCUGGGAAACAGCGGUAUGAGAAGAUGAUCAGCGGGAUGUAUCUUGGCGAGAUCGUCAGAAAUGUCCUCUUGGACUUCACUGCCAAAGGCCUGCUUUUCCGUGGCAAACUUUCAGAGAGACUGAAAACUCGCGGCAUCUUCGAAACCAAGUUCCUGUCGCAGAUUGAGAGCGAUCGUUUGGCUCUGAGGCAAGUUCGUUCCAUCCUGCAGCACCUGGGUUUGACCAGCAGUACGUGUGACGACAGUAUCCUUGUGAAGGAAGUUUGCAGCGUAGUGUCCAAACGAGCAGCCCAGUUGUGCGGAGCCGGUCUGUCGGCUGUGGUUGACAAGAUACGACUGAACCGUGGCCUUGAGAAACUCAGCAUCACCGUAGGAGUGGACGGCACGCUCUACAAACUUCACCCACACUUUGCUACCAUUAUGCGGGAGACCUUAAGAGACCUGACGCCCAACUGUGAGGUUACUCUCAUCCAAUCAGAAGAUGGCAGCGGAAAAGGUGCUGCCCUCAUCACGGCUGUGGCUUGUCGAUUAAGAGAUGCUGGAAAGUAGUGACUGAACAAAAUAAUAUAAAGGGAAAAAGAUGAGGAAGAAAUUACGCAAUGAGCUUCCUUUUUUUGUGCCACAAUGUGACCUUACUGAAACAACACUCCUGUCUGUAAAAGAAUGUAUCUUAUUUAUUUUUGUUCCAUUUUAUCCUUUAGGUCAUUCAUUGCAAGGACUUGGCAUAUACUGGUAGGGUAUUGUUUAUAGAAAAGGGGAAAACAUCAAGCAGAAGAAAAACUAACUAUUAUAUAUAUCUAUUAUAUAUAAAAUAUGUAUUGUUACUGAUUUGAAUUACUGUACUGUCAAGUAAGCACGAAGAGAUUUUGUUCACCACUUGAGCUGUGAAGUAGGGGAGUAAACAGAAUUUUAAUUUUGAAGUGAACUCUUCAUUUUAAAGGACUAGUUUACACAAAAAUGUGCUAAAAAUAAUUACUUGCCCUCAUGGCCAUCCAAGAUGUAGA